CAAUGACGUAAUGUCCGUAAACAUUUCUCGCGGGAAAACCUGUCAACUGGACAAGUAAAGUUCAAGUGUUUGAUACGUGACACUGGAAGUUAUCUGCUGUCAAGAAGAAAUUUAAUCUUUGACCAGGAAGAUGAGUGAUUCUGAUUCUUCUGAUGAUGCGAACAUUCCCAGUCGUGAAAUCUGCGAAGAGCGAUGUCAGAGAUUUGCAGAGAUCACGAGCACAGACACCGCACUGGCCAUGUUUUACCUCCAGGACAGAGACUGGGACCUUGAUAGAUCUGUGAAUGCGUUUUACGAAGACACUGGUGAUACAAGCAAAGAGAAGAAAGAAGAGUCAUCUCCCCUUGAUCCGGAGCCACACCGGAUUCGUCUGAUGAGUUGGAAUAUUGAUGGGCUGGAUUCAAACAACAUCAAGACUAGAACCAAAGCUGUCUGCCAGACGAUUAAAAAGGAGAACCCAGCCGUAGUCUUCUUACAGGAGGUAGUUCCCCAGACGCUGAGCAUCCUGGAGAAGGAGUGCCCAGAAUACCAGGUUCUCCCCGGAGGACAACAAGGUUACUUCACUGCGAUACUCAUCAAAGUGGGCGUGGUCGUACUAGAGGACCAGGAUAUUCAGAUGUUCUACAGCAGUCGAAUGAUGAGGAAUCUCCUGUCCGCAAAGUGCCGUGUGAAGGGAGUCCCCUGCCUGUUGAUAACGUCUCACUUGGAGAGCACACAACAACAUGCUGAGGAGAGGAAGAAACAGCUGAAGAUUGCUCUAGAGGUCAUGAGGUCAGCUGAUGAACAUCGCACAGCCAUAUUUGGAGGUGACCUUAAUUUGAGGGACAAAGAGCUUGCAGAGAUAGGAGGAUUACCAGACGAUGUCCUUGACCUUUGGGAGGUCACUGGAAAACGACCUGAAGCCAAGUUCACCUGGGACAGUCGUCGAAAUGAAAACAUUUCAAUUGACUCUAAAUUCCGUCCCUGCCAUCGUUUUGACAGGCUGUACCUGCGACAUUCCAAACCGAAACCGAAAGUAAAACCUGUGUACUUUGAGCUCAUUGGAAUAGAGAAAAUACCGACAUGUCAGCGUUUCCCGAGUGAUCACUGGGGAUUACUGGCUCACUUUGAUAUCACACAGUUCACUUGAACUGACAUCGCACAUUUUACGCUGAUAUCACAGUUUACCUAAGCUGGUCUUAUGCUGCUUACCUGGACGAGCUUAAAUCAAAUUGUUCUUAAGCUGACGCCACACAGUUUACCUGUCUAAGAUCACACUUUUUGCCUGAGCUUUCAUGCAGCUUAUCUUCAUUAGCUGAAGUGAGAUUGUUCGCGAUCAAGUUGAUUUCAACGCUUACCUGUCAGCCGAUUCCAUGUUGCUUACUUGUAUUAGCUGAUCUGAGAUUUUACGUAAACUGAUAAAACACAUUUUGACACGAGCUGAUAUCAUGCAUUUUCACACAUUGUAAACUCUUCUAACUUCCAAAUUAGAAGACCAUAUUUGUGUGUCUAUCAAACCCAUGAUGGCUGAGGUCUCCCUUGUCUUGGAAGGUACAGAGGAUAGAUGCAGGAAUUAAAGUGUCCAUGACUUAUUUCCAUCAUUUAAGUCAUUGUCUUGCUCACAUCAUUUAAGUCAUUGUCCUGCUCACAUCAUUGAAUGUAGUGCUAACAUUGUAAUUAUUCAAUUCAGUACAUCCAUUGUAUUUUUAUAUU